AUGCCCACCCCCGAGUCCGCCGCCUUCCUCGCCAAGAAGCCCACCGUCCCCCCGACCUACGAGGGCGUCGACUUCGAAGACAACGUCGCCGUGCACAAUGCCCGCGACGCCAUUAUCCGCGAGCAGUGGGUGCGCAGCAUGAUGAGCAGACUCGUCGGCGAGGAGCUGGGCAAGUGCUAUGCGCGCGAGGGCGUGAAUCACCUGGAGAAGUGUGGGAAGUUGAGGGAGAAGUACUUUGAGCUUCUGAGCGAGAGGAAGGUCAAGGGUUACAUUUUCGAGGAGAAGAACUACUUUGCGUCGAAGUCGACGUAA